GUUGAAAACGAGGUCGAUAGGACGGACGUGGACUAGAAGGAAGACGCUCAUUUGGAAAGUUGAAAAUGCCAGUCGAAGGGAAAACUAUGUUUCUUUACUUUGAAUAAAAAAGUCAUGCAUUGUAAUACGAGCUCAUUCAGCGCUACGUUUCUUGACUGAACAAGUUUCGGAAUCUCAGGGCAGUUUGAGAAUGUGAAAAAUCAACCAAUGAAUUGCAUUUUUACUUGGAAAAGAUUAGCUGGAGGUUAGAUUAUCAGAAGAAGGAACUGGAAGGAAGCAAUUGUUGAUGAAAAAGGCAUUCGCUGUGCUCGGGACUUGGUUUUAUCUGACGCAUUUUUGUUCCUCAGUUUGGUUCCGUAUAUAAAUUCUGCAGCUGUAAUUUUUUAGGCCGUUUUUUUAAAGUAUUUGCACAAGGCAGGUUGGGCAGUAUCCUUGACAAUUAAUACCUUUUUAUCGUUGCAGCUGAGAAACAGUUACGAUAUAAAAAUAUUUGUUUAUAUUUAGUUUUGGAGAUUGAUUGAUCAGGGUGCAUAUUUCAGUUAUUUUUCCGCCAUGGCGUUUGCAUCAAGUUUCAGCGCUUUUAAGAAAUGGUCUGGCAGCGCUAUUGCCGCAUUCCUUGACCAGCCACAUCGCUCAGCUCCCGGCCUGGCAUCGUAUACCAAAUUCAAAUUACCAACAAAAUACACGUACAAAAGACCUGACUUUCUUGAGCUUGACAUGGAAGCAACAAUGGCUGCAGCCGAUCACGAAAUCAGGCCUGUAAUGAGACCAAAAAAAUGUCUGGCUAUGGACGCAGGCUAUGCAGAAACCAUCAAUGCUGGAAAGACCCAUAAGCGUAAUGAAGAUCAAAGUGUUGUUGAGUCAUUUUUCAUUAAAGUUGCUGAAGAGUUUUGGGAUUCACCAAAGGAGCUUGAAAAGUAUUCCAUUCCCUGUGUAUAUUUUGGAAUAUUUGACGGGCAUGCUGGAAUAGGAGCUGGGCUUAUGGCUAGUGCACUGCUUCGCGAGCACAUCCAGGAAAAAUUGAAUGAGAUUGCUCACAUGCUGAUUCUUGAUAAGGAGGAGUUGGCCAAGAAUUAUUUAAACCAUGGCCUUAUUCAAGAUGUGAAUGCAGAGAAACUGGUUGCUGGUGCUCUGGAGCAAGCAUUUGUUGAAUUUGAUGAAAGGAUAAAGAGUGAAAAACUGGAUUACUAUAUUGAUGGUGGCUGCACUGCAUUAGUUGCUCUGUUUACAUUGGGUAAACUUUUUGUUGCAAAUGCUGGUGAUUGUAGGGCUGUCAUCUGCAGAGACUUCCAGGCUCACCAAAUGUCAUUUGAUCAUACACCAGAAACAGAAAGACAAAGAAUACAAAAUCUGGCCUAUAUGAGGCCGGCCCUCUUGGGAGAUGAGUUUACACGACUGCAGUUCCAGCACAGACCUCGAAGAAAGCACCUUGGAACCAAACAGUUGUACAGGGAUCGACAUAUGAGUGGAUGGGGGUUGAAAGUCGUGGACAGGAGUGACAUAAAGCCACAGCUUGUGAGCGGAGAAGGAAAGAGGGCAAAAUUACUCGAUACAAUAAGCGUGACACGGGGGUUUGGAGACCAUGAUAUUGAGUUUCCGUAUUGUGCUGGGUUGAAGAUCAAGCCAUUUAUGACGGCAAAUCCAGAGGUGAAAGUUUAUGAUUUGAAGGGAAACAAUUUUAGCGGAAAUGACGUAUUGGUUAUGGCGUCCGAUGGAUUAUGGGAAAGAUUUAACAGCGAAGAGGUAAUCAAAAUCUUGAAAGAGAAAUUUGAGCAACAGCCGCUUACUGAGCCUAGAAGGUACAUUGUUGCUGCACAGGCCCUUGUAGACGAGGCUCGGGGCACUUUAAGUGAACGUGGAUGGAGAACUAGAAACAACGAGGCAGCCUCGUAUGACGAUAUUUCUGUCUUCGUUGUACCGUUGGGGAGACACGAAGAUCUAGCAAGCUAUGUGAAUAUGAAGAAGCAAGAUCCUAAAAUUUAUAGGGAUGGGUCCUUUGCUAAGAAAUACGUGAACAGGGAUGAGGUUGAAAUACAGACCAGAAAUGCAUUGGCUGACAAAUCAAACGCCAAUAACGCGGAACAGUUAACGAAUGAUAAAAACGAGGAUGGAAGCGAGGAAAUAAAGCGGAACGAAGUUGAAAGCAAGGAAACUCCUUCAACAGCCACAGAAAAGACACCCGAAGAAUCCAAUUCUGAACUUAACUCAUAAUAGAAUCUUUCAAGAAAUUCUUUAACUUUGAAUAAUGCACAGAAAAUCUUCUUUUUCGUCAGAAUAGUAAUUGUAAAAAAUUGUAAUAACAGAUCACAGGGAUGUUUAGGAAUAUAAUAAUAUACGCAGGCUGCAUUUUUCCCCACUUAUUCCGGCAAAUACCUUUAUUGCUCUCAAUCGUUUCGAUCCUUAUCCAAACAAUUGAAAGCUCUCUAUCAUGCGCACGGGAGACUUUUAUGAUUUAGGUGCAGAAACGAUGUACUUCUGUCCCAACCACUUCCCCCUUUGUAUCUUUGCCUUCUCUUUAAUGCACCCUUAGGCCUUUGACUCCUGCUUCUAUUACAAACUGGACCCAGUGGUCAAAAGGAUGUACAAUAUAAAUUUUGGCCACGCAUUUUUAACUGUGAGAAAUCGCCCUUUUGCCAACAGGGAGCGCCCAUUUUGAGCUUUGGUUACAUAAAGGCAGUUUCAAUAUGUUGGACUUACAUCACAAAGGAUACUUUACCAAAAUAUUACCUCACUCCAAAGAUUUUCUCAUCGAAUUUAAACGAAAUGCUAAAUAGAUCUUGCCGAGAGCUGGGAAGGAUUCAGAGUUAGGUAAUCUUUUGUUGCCUCGUGAUUCGAGUAAUCCACCAUUGUAUUGUGGCUGACUUUCAGUCAGUCGCAUUUGCUUAAGCCUAACGUUGCUGGAAAAUGGUUGACAAAUUAAGCAGUGAUGGUGCCAUGGGAGGGCUAGGAGGGGCUACAGCCCCUCCGUCGGAAGCACCUAGCCCCCCCAUCGGAGGAAAUUUCAGGUUAUUGUCGGAGCAAAUUUGACAAAAUAAUGUAAGAAAACUGCAUAUUUUAGUCCUUUUAGCCCCCCUGUCGGAAGUUUCAACCCCUCUGUCGGAAGAUUUCUGGUGUCACCUCUGAAAUUAAGUUCUUUUGCAAGUUGUUUCUAGGCAAGAUGGGGAAUAAAUAUCGAUUUUUAGGAGGGGUUCCAACCUUUUUGAUUGUAGAUAGAGGAAGUGUAGAGAAUUGUGUGAGGGGGUAAUUUAGUGCACGAGGUUGACAGAUUAAGACAUUCAAUUUUUAGUUAUCAAUGUUUGAAAUUGACAACAGAUAGAUUGUUAUUUUAAAAAUCUUCA